AUGGAACAAUACCAGCAAAACCUCAUCAAAUCCAAUUACUCCACACUGGUGAAGGAAAUGAAGGUCAUUCCUGUAGCUGGAUACCUCAUGAAAGACCAUGUUAUUACAGACGAAAUGCACCAACAGAUACAGUUUGAGAAAACUACCUACAGUCGUAACCGAAAACUACUCAGCAUCAUUUUGAAAAAAGGGCCGAAAGCUUUCCAUGGACUUAAGAGGGCACUUUUAAAAGCUGGUCAAAAUGACGUGGCCAAACUGUUGAUUAAGGAAGAGAGUGAGCCCUCUGAAUACGAAAAAAAGUUAUCCUUGGCAAGGUCUUUUCUUGUCAACACCGCCGAAAAAAGACAGAAAAACGUUGAAUCAAGUAACUCACAUCUUCAAAGUCCGCAGUUACAGGAGCCCCGAUGUAGGAUCAAUUUAGACAACCCCACUAAACUAUAUCUCACAGCUGCGCCUUACCAAGGGGAAAUUAUGAUACAUAUCCCUCACUUUUCUGAAUCCAAUGGUCUUCACUUUCCAACAAAGAAAGGGGUAUAUUUCCCCCUACCCCGCUGGUUGAAAUUUGAAUGUCUCCUGGAUGAAAUAGAAGAAUAUCUACAGAGCCAUCGGAGUCAGGAAGAGGAGAUGAAGUGGCACAUCGGUGGUAUUGUCUACGUUUCCCUAUCCCCCGAUUUCUCAACAGUAGACAUUAGACACUUCUGGAAACCAGAUGAUGCAAAUGGACCAAUUCCGACAAAGAAAGGAAUCAAUUUAACCAGAGAUAAAUUUGAUAGACUUAAAUCGGCAGUCUAUGAAUUACGAGAGAGUGUUCCUGAACUGAAUGACGCUCAAAUAUGUAUGUUCAACGAAUCCCAUCAAAAUCAGUUGGGGGUACUAAGUUGCCCAGAAUGCUCCCCUUUUGGGUAUGAAGCCCGGGUAGAAGAGCCUAUGGAAACUGAGCAAAUUGAAUCCCAAAACUCACUGGUUGUCAAUAUGGAUUGUUAA